GCAAAACGCCGAUCUGCUGCGCCAUUUUGCUUCGAGAAUCGGUGUUUUAGCACUGAAUCUAAUAUCUGGUGUUUGUGCGUGGGGGAGAGAUUCAUAAUUCAGAAUCUGCCGUCUUAUCCUCACAACCUGCAAGCAUGUCGGACUCGUCUGCCGCAGAUGUAGGUCCCGUGGAGCCGGGGGUUCGAAAGCUAUCAGAGCUGAGAGUCAUCGAUCUGAAGGCCGAGCUGAAGCGCCGAAACCUCGACAUCAGCGGCAAUAAGAGCUUGCUUUCAGAGAGACUCAAAAAGGCAAUCGAGGAAGAAGGAGGCAACCCAGAUGAAAUUGUUGUACAUCUUGAGAUCACGCCUAAGAAAACCCCUCGCCGAACUUCCAAAGGUAAAAGGCAAGACAACGACGAAACUGAAGACUGCACACUUGAAGAAGACUCGGUCGACGGCCAGGACGACCCAGAUGGUAUCCCAGAGAACAUCCACGAAAUGGACAUCAUGGACAUGAACGUUCUGGAUGAAGCUGAUAUGGAAAAUGGAGGCGGAGAUGAAUAUGACGAGGAGCUCCCAGACACCAUUUUGGAUGAUGAGAACGAGGACUGUUUGAAGGAGGAUUCCGCAAAUAACUGCGAUGCUGAGGAAGUCGGCGAUGCUGUUGUGAGCAAAUCUGAGAUGGAGGAGGAAAUGGUGGCAAAGGACACCGUUGUGGAAGAGAACCAUGAAACGGAUAAGCAGCAGGAGGAUAACGGAGAGGAUGGACGUGACGAUACAAAAAGCGACAAAGAAAGUGAGAAAGUAGCGGGGUCUUGUAUAUCAGAGCCGCUUAAGGAAGACUCCGCCGAAGAGCCGACUGAAGACGAACGAUCUUCAGUCUGCGAUAUUCACAAAGAGGAAGACAAUGUGCUUGCUAGCGCCGAGGAGGCCGGCAAUUUGGAAACGGAGCCCGAGGCCUGCGAAGCGGCGACGACGGAGCAAACCGAAGUUGAAUCCUCGAGCAAAGAAAACGUUGAGGACAAUUUGGUGGACUCUGAGAGCGCUUCCGCUCAGGUCGCUAACGCUAGCGAAACGGGUACGCGCGAUAUCGAAAGCGCGGUUGAUUUGGAAACACCGUCAAAAGAAGGCGUCGAGGAAUGCACGAAGACUGAAGCAGCCGAAGCGAAAGAGUCCUCUGUUCAGGGUGAUGAUCAGAAAAUGAGUGGCGAUGAGGAUAAAUCAAGCAAGUCCGAGUCGAAAGAUGACAAAGGUAGCGCUGCUGAUAGCGGGCGGAACCUCUGGGUCAGCGGACUCUCUUCAACCACCAGAGCGACUGAUCUGAAGAACCUGUUCAGCAAAUACGGCAAGGUCGUUGGCGCUAAAGUCGUAACAAACGCGCGGAGCCCAGGAGCUCGUUGCUAUGGUUUCGUUACGAUGUGCUCUACCGAGGAAGCUACAAAUUGCAUCGACCAUCUGCACAGAACCGAACUGCAUGGGAGAAUGAUUUCUGUCGAAAGAGCUAAAAACGAACCUGCUGGAAAGAAGCCUGCCGACAAAAGCGACACCAAGAAGUCUGGGAGUGACCGAAGACUCUCCUCCGACUCUAAAACUGAGAAGUCAGAGAACAAGGAUGAGAAAUCUGGAAUCUCUGAGGAUAAAGAACAUGGUGGAGAGAGGACAGUUGUCAUGGACAAGUCGAAAGGAGAACCAGUCAUCAGCGUCAAGACCAAAAGCAAAGAACGAAGCACCAAGAGUCGCGACCGCAAGUCCUCCAGCAAAGAAAGGAAGGACAUUUUGUCCUUCGACCAGAUCAAAGAGCAGAGAGAGAGAGAGCGACAGAGGCAGAGGGAACGGGAGAUUAGAGAGGUGGAGAGGCGUAGGCACACUGGAGAUCGCGACAGCCGCUCGGAGCGCGAGCGCAUCCGUCUGUUCCGGGAACGCGAGGAGAGGGAGCGGCUGAUGAGGAAACGUAACUGGCUGGAGGUGGAGAAGCAGCGGCUGGAUGCCGACCGCAUGGAGCGCGAGUUCCUGGAACGCGAGCGCAUCCGUGUGGAGUACGAGCGAAGGCGCGAACAAGAGCGCAUUCAUCGAGAGAGGGAAGAGCUGCGACGACAGCAGGAACAGCUGCGCUUUGAACAGGAACGCCGUUCCCUUAAGAGGCCCUAUGAUAUGGAUAGCAGUAGAAAAGACGACUGGCAGAUGAAGAGAAUGGCCAUGGACGAUCGCUACGGACGAUCCGAUUUGGGACGGCAAGAACGCUACCAGGACAUUGAUCACAGGGAUCGCAGCCGCUAUCAGGAUGACACGAUGGACAGGAGAGACAACAGAGGUGGAAUGCCUGGAGACAGAGACAACCAGCACUUUUCGGAUCGCGACAGACAUGGCAGAGACAGUCGCGAUAACUGGAGCGGCAGUUACGACAAGCGAGGAAUGAAUCCUUCGAGGCCCAUGGCUGGCAGUCGUGACAACAGAGAUUGGGAACCUGGGCGUAAAAUGGAUGGAGACAGGAACUGGCAAGGUGGCGACCGAGGUGUCGCGGGACAAGGUCACAUGAUGCGAGGAGGAAUCGCAGGCCGUGGCGGGUACAUGCCGACAGGAACGUCCCAGUCGUUCUCAGGAGCCUUAAAUCGACCAAACCAGUUGAUGCAGGGCAGCGGAAUGCAAGGGGGCGGAGCCUUCGGUCGGCGCUAUUAACUUCUUCCCUUUUGUCUGUAGUUCGUGUGCAUUUACAAAAACACUGCAGCUUGUACAUUGCCCAUCAAGCUUUGUAAUUGUAUUUUUAAAGUCUAAUUUUUCCAUGGUGUAAAGACAAACAGGAAGUUAAUUGCUUUGUGUAAAGAAUGUGUCGAUUUUCUUUAGAUUUUUUUUCCGCCCCCUCCAUUGAUUCAUCAUCUCCUAAGAUUUUAGUCUGGUUUUUUGUUUGUGUUGCACUCGGUUAAUGCUCAGGAAUGCGCCGCUCAAAUGAAACCAUGGUAAAAGUUGAUGUUCAAUUCUUUUUGACGUGUUUCAAUAAAAUAAUUGUGGAGUUUUCUUUA